AUGCCUGACCGUGACAACACUUAUAAUGGCAGUGGGAGCGGCAGCGAUGAGGCAAGUGCCAACUCCGAUGACAUCUGCCGGGAUUUCCUACGCAAUGUCUGCAAGCGGGGCAAGCGCUGCCGUUUCCGCCACCCCGACAUGAACGAGGUGACCAACCUGGGAGUGAGCAAGAACGAGUUCAUCUUCUGCCACGACUUCCAGAACAAGGAGUGCGUCCGCAUCAACUGCCGCUUCAUCCAUGGCACCAAGGAAGACGAAGACUGCUACAAAAAGACGGGGGAGCUACCCCCACGCCUUCGCCAGAAAGUGGCAGCUGGGCUUGGCCUUUCCCCAGCCGACCUCCCCAACAGCAAGGAGGAAGUCCCCAUUUGCAGGGAUUUUCUCAAGGGGGAUUGUCAGCGCGGGGCCAAAUGUAAAUUCCAGCACCUUCAGCGGGAUUAUGAGUACGACGGCCGGGGGUUGGCCACCCGGGAACAGGGCAUCACCACUCCUGUGCGCCGAUACGACCCCUAUGACCCCAUGUACGACUCUGACCGGUGCUUCGAUGACCACGACCCUGUGCUGAAGCGGCGGCGGGUAGACGGGCUCCACUUUGAGACUUACGAGUACAACUUCACCAGUCCUCGCACGGUGGAAUACCGGCUCCUGGAAGAGGAGAACAUCAUGCUCCGCAAACGUGUGGAGGACCUCAAGAAGCAGGUCAACAACCUCCUAGCCACCAACGAGGUCCUGCUGGAACAGAACGCCCAGUUCCGCAACCAGGCCAAGGUGAUAACACUUAGCACUACGGCCCCGGCUACUGAGCAGACUCUGGCACCCACCGUGGGCACCGUCACCAACUACAACCACAGCAUUGCCCAGACUCACACCACCCUGAGCAGCCAAGCUCUGCAGCCACGGCCUGUGUCCCAGCAGGAUUUGGUGGCUCCAGCUGGAGCUCAGGCAGCUCCCCCUAGCAACGCAGCGCCUCCCAUGAACCCAGAAAUCACCCCGCUGUCAGCAGCGCUGGCUCAGACCAUAGCCCAGGGGAUGGCUCCACCAGUCUCCAUGGCUCCUGUGGCCGUAUCCGUAGCGCCUGUGGCCGUGUCCAUGGCUCAGCCACUGGGGGGCAUCACCAUGAGCCACGCCACCACCCCCAUGGUGACAUACCCCAUAGCCUCCCAGAGCAUGAGGAUAACAGCCAUGCCCCACUAA